UUCUGUGUCUGUGAAAUUUUUGUGCUACUUGAUGUAUAUUUUUAUCUCUGAUUGAUCACUAUUAAAUUAUAAAUAUUUAAUUUUUAAAUAUAACAAGCUGUUAGUUUAUAUAUGAACACAUAAUUCAUUUAAUAGUUUUAAUUAUUUUUUUUUAGUAGUUGAACUUAUUUUAAUGGGAAUAAUGAUUAUUGGGUUUCGUAAAAUAUCUAUAAAGUUAACCAAAAGAUAUUUUUCAUCUUCAAUAUCAAAAAAUGUAUUCAUUAUUAGCACUGCAAGGACUCCUAUUGGGUCUUUUGGAGGUUCCUUAAAAACUUUAUCUGCUACUAAACUUGGUGCAAUUGCAAUUCAGGCUGCCGUUAACCGUUCAGGUCUUUCUAAAAAUGAUAUUGAAGAAGUAUUUAUGGGUAAUGUUUGCCAAGGUGGUGUAGGGCAAGCACCAGCUAGACAAGCUGCAAUAUUCGCAGGUUUGCCUAAAACUACAAUAUGUACUACCAUAAAUAAAGUUUGUGCUUCAGGCAUGAAGUCAAUUAUGUUAGGGUCCCUAAGUGUACUGUGUGGAUAUAAAAAUGUAGUUCUUGCUGGUGGGAUGGAGUCUAUGUCCAAUGUGCCAUUUUACCUUGCAAGAGGUGACACAAAAUAUGGCGGUGUGAAUUUAUCGGAUGGAAUAGUUUUUGAUGGUCUUACUGAUGUUUAUAAUAAAAUACACAUGGGAAACUGUGCAGAAAAUACUGCUAAACAAAUGGGUAUUAGUCGAGCUGAGCAAGAUGAUUUCGCUAUGAGUAGUUAUAAAAAAAGUGCAGAAGCUUGGAAACAAGGCGUUUUUUCAGAAGAAAUUAUUCACGUCAAUGUACCACAAAAAAAAGGUAAGCCAGAUGUUAUUAUAAGUGAAGAUGAAGAAUACAAAAGGGUUGACUUUGAUAAAUUCAAAAAACUCAAUACAGUUUUUCAAAAAGAUAAUGGUACAGUUACUGCUGGUAACGCAUCAACUAUAAAUGAUGGAGCUGCAGCAUUAGUAUUAACUAAUGAAGAUAUCAUUAAACAAUCAAACAUAAAGCCAUUAGCUAGAGUCAUUGCUUUUGAAGAUGGUGCCACAGAUCCAAUAGAUUUCCCUAUUGCUCCAGCAGUUGCUAUACCAAAAUUAAUGAGUAAAAGUGGAGUAUCUUUAAAUGACAUUGCUUUAUGGGAAAUCAAUGAAGCAUUCAGUGUAGUUGUUCUUGCUAACAUAUUAAAACUGAAUAUUGAUCCAUCAAGAGUGAAUAUUCAUGGAGGUGCUGUCAGCUUAGGUCAUCCAAUUGGGAUGUCUGGGGCUAGAAUUGUUGUUCAUUUGAUUCAUGCACUCAAGCCUGGGGAAAAAGGUAUAGCUUCUAUUUGUAAUGGAGGUGGUGGAGCAUCAUCUAUACUCAUUGAACGUUUAUAAUUUGUAAGAAUUAAAAUAAUAAUUUUAUAAUUAUAAAAUUUGUUUUAAUUUGUGGUAUCAAUAUAAUUAUUAUAAAUGUCAAUAUAUUUAACUAAUAAUUAGUUCAAAAAUUACUUGAACCUAUUAAUAUUAUAAUUAUAAUCAUAAUGAUUUUUAACACUA